GUUUUCCGCAAACUCAUCACAAGUUAAGCAGAAUCUGAACCGAAAUCUAAAUGAUCAAGUGAUAUAACAUGGAGAUUAAAUCACUAUAAAUCGUUAUGUAAUUUCUUUAAAUGAUUGCAUAUUGUGGGAUUGAACUUGAAGUUAUAGCGAUUUUACGCUUUUGGUUCUAAUCCAAACCUACUUUGCCACUACACACGGGUUUAAUAUAGUAUUACUUGUGUGUAUAAUUUUAUUUUAUUUUGCAAACGAGAAGAAGCCAGAAUCAAGUCGUUAACCCAUGCCUUUCAAUUACCCAAUCACCUAAGAUUUUUUUUUAUAUUACUUCCUUUGACAAGUUAAUCCACUUCCAAAUAUACUAUAAAGUUGCACAUUGACAAGAGGUUUUAGCAGAAGCUAGAAGAAGAAAGGAGAAGAAGAAACAAAGAGAGAAGAUGAAGAAUGUUAUGCUGAUUAUUGACGAGAGCAACGCAAGUUAUGAUUUACUCAUUUGGGCACUUGAAAACCAAAAAGAUACCAUUGAGAGCUCCAAAGUUUAUAUCUUUGCAAAACAGCCACAAAAUUCCUUUACUCCUCCUACCGUACUUUCUUCAUCAGUCGGCUUUGCUCAAAUUUUCUAUCCAUUUUCACCUAAUUCAGAACUCAUAAGAUUGGCUCAAGAAAAGAAUAUGAAAAUUGCUUUGGGUAUAUUAGAGAAAGCCAAGAAGAUAUGUUUAAAUCAUGGGAUCAAGGCAGAGACAUUUACUGAUGAUGGAGACCCUAAAGAUCUAAUCCGCAAGAUAAUUCAAGAACGAAAUAUCAAUUUAAUAGUUACGAGCGAUCAACAAAGUCUCAAAAAGUGUACACAAAAUACAGAUUGUUCUCUUCUUGUCGUGAAGAAAAGACUUCGCAAAGAUUAAAGAUUAAGGAAGUUACAAAAUUCACCAAUAUAUAUAAUUUUCUAUGUGGUUAAUUGAGAUUGUGUAAUGAUUUGGGGUUGUAGUUUCAGGUGUUGAUUUGGGGUUGUAGUUUGAACUUAUAAUUGUGUUAUGUGUAUAAAUAUUUGUGUUUAUAUAUAUCAAGUUAGUAUAAAUACUAUAAUUUCUUAUCGUUUCUUUUAUUGGCACUGGUGUCUUGAUCAUCCCGACUAAUUCAGACAUGAGCUUAUCUGAAAACCCACUUUGGAC